AUGAGCGUGCACUCGAUAUUAAGCAAAAUUAAUGGCACCAUCUUCGCCUGCAGCGCGCGAACAGAUUUCCUGCCGCGCGUACCAACCCGGGAGAUCUACAACGAAGUGGUUAAGGCCUACUAG